CGCCCCAACACUGCCAUUAAUACCGCAUCCAACGCUCCCUAGAGACGACUCCCUGCCCGAAUACAUGCCCGUACCCCUAGAAACUGCGCGCGCAAUCCGUUCCUCGUGGGCGCACCGCCCGAGCCUCCCAUGACGCCGCUGCAAGAUGCCACGCCCAAGCCCCCCCAGUAUCCCGCCGACCUCGAGGCCUCGAUGGUCCUGCCCAAGCAGCGAGCGUCGCCGGCUUCAUCCCUCGCCUCCCUUCCCUACCGAAGAUCGAACCCCUCUCUGCAGAAGCUGUUCGAGUCGACAGCCUCAAUUUCGGGCUCGCGCCCAAGCUCCGGCACCGCAACUCCCACCGCCUCAGUAGUUCCUAGCUCCGUAUUCUCCCAGGCAUCGACACAGAAUGGCACAGGAACACCAGGCAGUCUGCCUCCAGGCGUGUCAGAUGAACACAGAAACCUCAUACAGCGCGCCUUUGUGCCCCAUGUGGCGGUACUGGCGGACGAAGCGACAGAGGCGAUGCUGCGGGGGAAGGGUUUAGAAGGAGGAUUGUUGCAACUGCUACGGCCGUUUGGGGAGUUGGUACCUGGAAAAGUAACGAUAAGAGACAGUAUUGGCGCUAGCAAGAGCCAUGAGGAUUUUGGCAUCAGAUUUGUUGGCGUCCGUGACGGACUAGUACCGCCAACCUCAGCAGGACGGAAUUCAGAGCUUCGAAUGGACACAGUGACGGGGCAGGGUGCGGGCGGCAGGAUUUCGUCGGGUGUUCCUCGCCCACAACGGACAGGCGGUCAUGUUAGACAGAUUGAAGAGCUAGUGGAUCGCCAUCUGCAAUAUUCCGAGUUCAACACCCACGAUAUGGUCCCUGAUUACCUCAAUCACAAAGAAGCACCUUCCCAGUCCGACACCUCUUCAUCUCCCUUUCACACUCUAUAUCUACGGCGGCUACUGUCUGGCCUGCCGGUAGUGUCCCACGAAACCUUCGCCCACCCCGUGGCAUGCGUCAUUGCGGUGAGCUCGCGACAUCCAAAUCCAACAGAAGAGAUACGCAAACUCUAUGCUCUCCAACAUGACGGUGCGCUCCGAAUGCCUCAGUUCGUCGAAAACGAUUACCUUCGAUAUUAUGUUUUAGUCCAUGAUGAAGAGACAGGGGACAUUGCCCACUCUAACCAGACGUUCGAAUCGAUGAAGCGGCACUUUGGAUUCCACUGCCAUCUCCUUCGACUGAAGAGCCAGCAAUGCAUCCCAUCUGAUGAUGACAGUGUGCGGCUUCCGAUAUGUGAGUGGAUGUCUGCUGCAGAAGAGCUGGCAGAGAUACAGAAGCGAGAAACCACCGACGACAUAUCAGACCCCACACCUUACCUCCCAGACUCUGAUAUCACAGCUAUUCGAACCUUCGUCCGCGAGCUCGUUGUGCAAUCCGUUGUUCCUAACAUGGAGCGCAAAGUCGCAACCUGGAACGAGCAAGUCCUCGCCCGGAGACGAGGUCUCUCAGGCCGCUUCAUGUCCUUAUCAAAACGCUGGACACCAUUUGGCUCCAGCCGGAAUAGCUCCUCUCCGACCGUAGGCUCGUCUUCCAAUUAUGAUAGUAUCCAAGAAUUCUACCGACCAGACGCGCCCGAAGCAUUAAUGCGCAAACUGGCGGAUUACUGCUUCAUGCUGCGGGACUUCAAACUCGCCCUCUCAACGUAUGACAUUCUCCGCACAGACUUCAACAACGACAAAGCAUGGCGGCAUUACGCCGGCGCUGUCGAAAUGGCGGCCCUAUCCGCCCUGCUCUCCACCAGCCCCCUUUCUUCCAAGACCCGAACUGAGAACAUCGAUUCCUGGAUCGAAGCAGCCGUAUACAGCUACACAGACCGCCAACUCAAACCAACUCCCUACUACGCCCUUCGUACCCUCGCCCUAGGUCUCGAACUCCUCCGUCUCCGCGGCUCCUCGGCUGCGGACGACGCUGCACGUUGGGCGUCCCGCAUCCUAGAAACCGGGAUCGUAGGCCCUGUAGGCCACGCGCUUUUCACAGAACGCAUAUCCACAUGUUACUCGAUCCGCACCGGCAUCGGGUCCAUGAACCUCGGUGCGCGCCGCCGAAAAGCCGCAUUCUGGUCCGUCCUCGCCGCCGAAACCUGGCUCCGCCUAUCUAAAGCCUUGCAAGCAGAGCGCUGUCUAGAUACUGCUUUGCGAUUAUACAACUUUAACACAGAAAAUGCUUCUGGGGCUGUCAAACUCCCGUUUCCGCAAAUGCAGGCUUUCAUAGAUGAUCUCCGACAGCAGAUUCUAGGAUUGCGGUUGGAGAUCCGCGGGUUUGAGGAAGGGGACGAGGGCGAGGGGGACGCGGUGCAGCAGAGUUUGAUGGUGGAGGAGGCCACGGAAACAUUAGAUAAGAGCCCCCGUGCGCAUCGGAAGAGCUUGAUUGGGGCGCCCCCGCCGCCGAUUGAUGUCGGGCCGUUGAGCCCGAUGUUGGAGAGGGGUGAGGGGAGGAGGGAUGAUCAAUUUGAGUGAAUGAAUAUAUAUAGCUGGGUGUUCUUUUAAGAUUUCCUUCGGCCCGGCACAUGCGAGAAGAGGCUCUACCUACCGGGUGUUUGGCAUUGCAGUGGCGUUGGGGAUAUGACAAAUUAUAUAGCACAGCACUAUCUUGGCAGAGAUGAUAGGAUAGGAUAGAUACUCUAUACACUGGAUAGGCGUAGGCUUAGGGUGGAGGGGGUGUUGGCAUUGGCGUCCGGGUAUCGGGGAUAUGGGUGAGAGACAUUGUAAGUAGAUGGGAAUGUAUUUGAUUAUAAC